CUUGCUACUGCCAGGGGAGCCGAGCAUUUCCCCCUUCCCCCAGCCUUGGAGGUAGUUGCACUAGGCAGGGCGCAGAGGGAGCCCAGCAGGAUACUGGACCAGGAUGAGCCGCGCCCAAACGCCCAGGAAGGAGCUGCUCAGCCCGCCUAGGGGAUCAAACUCCAGUCCUUGGGUUUGCAAGGCAGGCGGCGGAACCACUGAGGUAUCUACCGUUGUAGAGCUGAAUGUGGGAGGCCAGGUCUUCACCACCACCGCAGACACCCUGAGGAAAGUCCCGGGCUCCAGACUGGCGGAGAUGCUCUCCAGCCCAGCGUCUGCCUGCAAGGAUGCCGAAGGCCGCUUCUUCAUCGACCGCCCCGGCACCUUUUUCCACCCCAUCCUGGACUACCUGCGCAGCGGGCAGGUGCCCCAGCAGCAUGUCCCCGAGGUGUACCGUGAGGCCCAGUUCUACGCCAUCCAGCCUCUGGUCAAGCUCUUGGAGGACAUGCCUCAGAUCUUUGGCGAGCAGGUGUCCCGGAAGCAGUUUUUACUGCAAGUGCCAAGCUACAGCGAGAACCUGGAGCUGCUGCUGCGGCUGGCCCGGGCCGAGGCUGUGGGGAGGCGUGCAUCGCAGGUGGUGGUGUGUGUGGUGUCCAGCGAGGAGCAGUCUGCACGGUGUGCAGAUCCUAUAUAUUACCUGGCAUCCAAAAAGAUACCGGUUGUCAAGUUUGGGCCCUGUAAAUUAGGUUGUGACAGGAAGGACCUUCUGCAGUGCCUGGAGAUAGACAUUAAGGCCUGGGGGUACCAGGUAUCCUAUGAUAACUACAAUGAUGUUUCCUUCAAGCAGCUGUACCCUCAUCUGUACCAACAAUAUUUUUGCUACCAGGUUGAGAACCCCUUCUGUUUGUUCACCUUCACGUGGUGGUGA